CGCAACGCAGUUCAGCGAAGUGAAGCGAUGCUAGUGACCCAUACAAGGGUACCCAUGCAAAGUUGAGCUGCAAAUUUAGGUAGAUAAAUGUUUGCAGUGGACUAAAACUAAAAGAAAACAUAUUUACAGUCGUGUCAACAAAGUUUGGGGCUGUAAUUUUCGGAUGCACUGUUUGGUGUAAACUUGCAGUAGCUGUAACGACCUCGCGAGCUAGAUUCCAGAACAGAGCCGAAGCUAGCUGCUGUUAGCCUUCAAGCUAAAGCCACAAGCAAGGAGCUAGAUAGCGGGGUAGUUUUUGGAUUCACAGCAUGAAGCUGUGGAGCCUUUGUCGGGACGGGUUGAAGGCUUGUCUCGGUGCUUAAUAGUUCCCCGGCAGUGUACGACCACUCGACACAAAGCUCAAGUUGCUGGUUAGCUAACUAACCAUAGCAUUAUCCAUCUAGUUAAGAAGCUACGUAGCUAGCACCACCGCACAGCCUGCCUUCCGCCGAGGUGCACUUCCCCCACUCUCCCUCCAGCCGGCUAGCCGCAGCGUUAGUCCGGUACAUAAAAUGAAGCGACCAUCAGCAUUUUGGGAAGCUGUGUGGCUGUUUGGAUUUUGCUGAUGUAUGAGGAGACGAUAUUGUUUUUGUGAGAUCUCUGUCAAGGAGGUCAAAAUCAGUACGGGGGAUGGACGAGCAGAAAUCAAACUGCGAAGAGAAUGACUCUGAACCAACAGCUGAUGACAAUGCCCCUUCAAAGCAGCUUGUCUCCUCUGAGGAGUCCAAAGCCCUUCCUGCUGCUGAGGACGUGUCUGGUGCUACUACAGCCUCGUCCAGCACACCUCUAGAGAGCGUUCGAGCCUGUGCGCUUUGUAACUGUGUGGAGCGGAGCCUGCAUGGACAGCGGGAACUGAGACACUUUGGGCCAUCUUCUGAGCGGCCGACCCUCAAGCCAUCAGCUUCCCCACUGCCACAGCCUGGGAAUGAUGACCUGUCUUCCAUUGGAUUUUCCGACUCCCCCAGUCUGGCAUCACUCUUUGACGACUCAGGGGGCUGUUUGGUUCAUCACUGGUGUGCGGUGUGGUCGGAGGGAGUGAAGCGGAUGGAAAAUGAGGAGCUGGAGAACGUGGAUAAGGCCGUUAUCUCAGGGACACAGCGGCUUUGCGAAUACUGCAAAAGGCUGGGCGCGACCAUUCGAUGCCAUGCUGAGGGCUGCUCACGGUUCUACCACUUCCCCUGCUCAGCGGCCAGUGGGUCCUUCCAGUCCAUGAAGCAGUUGGUCCUUCUCUGUCCAGAGCACAUAGACAAGGCAGAGGAGUUGGCAGGUGAGGAGGCUUGGUGUGCAGUGUGUGACUCAGCGGGGGAGCUUACUGACUUGUUGUUCUGUACGGGUUGUGGCCAACAUUAUCAUGCGGCCUGUCUGGAGAUUGGUGCCACGCCUAUCCAGCGGGCAGGAUGGCAGUGCCCGGAGUGUAAAGUGUGCCAGACUUGCAGACAACCGGGAGAAGACUCCAAAAUGUUGGUUUGCGAUGCCUGUGAUAAGGGCUACCACACCUUCUGUCUCCAGCCAGCCAUGGAUUCUCUUCCCUCUGACCCAUGGAAAUGCAGAAGGUGUCGUGUAUGUACGGAGUGUGGUGUCCGUGGACUUGGCCUGCCAGGUUCAGCCCAGUGGUUUGACAACUACACCGUAUGUGAGGGCUGCCAGCGUCACCGCAGCUCCAUGUGUGGUGUUUGCAGCAAAGCUGCCAACCCAUCUGUCACUCUGCAGUGCUGCAGCAUGUGCCACAGGUGGGUGCACAGUGAGUGUGCUCUACCAGGGGAGCUUCCAGAAGCCAAGUGCAUUUGCCGGCUUUGCAAGGAGGAUCAGCAGCAGCCUGUCACUCAACAAUAUAUCACGGCAGAGAUACAAACAAGGGAAGCGUCUGAAGAGACUGAAGGAAACGUGGAUUUAGUAGAGAUGACAAUCCAAACAGAUGCAGACAUGGUGACAGAAGAGCACACAGAGGUGACACCAGGACAGAAAGGCACAUCAGACAUGGGUCAGGCUGAGGCCACGACUGACAAAGAAACACCAAUGGACUUGGGGACGGAGUCUGCAGUUGUUGAGACAACAGACGGUGGGGAGAAAAUCAUGGAAGACGAGCCGCAGGUAGCAACAGAAGGAUUGACGUCUGAGGCGCCCGCUGCUCCACUUGAGUCCACAGAAUGUGCAACAAAAGAACAGAAGGCCUCUUGUCUACCUGCUGAUGAAGAGAGAGCAGAGGAGGCAGUCAGCCAAGUGACCCGAGCCACCCCAUCCCAGGAUCCCACAGCAAAGACACAGUCUGACAACCCUAAAGCAGAACCAACACCAGUGUCACAGCAGGGCCCUGAGAACAUGGAGGUGGAGAAGCAAGAGGCCACUCCCUCAGUGAAACAAGAAGUAUCAUCAGAGUUAUUAAACAAUGGCUCUGAUGGCAUGCCUGUCACAGAACCAUUCAGUAAGGAUCCACCAAAGUUACCAGCUUCUCCUGCCUCGGUGGACAAAACAGAGCAUUUGCCCAUGGAUAAUAGGCAGGAAGGAAGUCCAUGCCAGGACCCUCAGUCUCCUUCUCCUCUUUCUUUAUCAGGAGACACACAAGAGGCCCUCUCUUCUAUGGAGAUGGAGGGGAGGUUACUACCUCAGUCUGAGGAGGAGGAGGAUGAAGAGUAUGAUGAGCAAAUGAAAGGAGAAGGACUUAAUGUGGACAUAAAGCAGGAACCGCAGGAGCAAGAAGUAAAGCCGGAAUUGCUGCUUGACGAGAUGUCUAAUAUGAGCCAUGGAGACGAGAGCAGCAGUGGCUUUCUGGGCUCUCCAGGAGAACCUGAUCCUCAGCUCUCCAUGGAGCUUGGGCUUGUUCCUGCUGGUCGCUCACACACGGAUAACCUGCUCACUGAGACUGAUGACUCGCUUCCCUUCGAACCCCUCAGAAGCGACAGAGAGAAGGCAAAACGCAGAGGAUCCCCAGGCCGCUCCCGGGUCAAACAGGGGCGAAGCAAUAGUUUUCCUGGGAAGCGUAGACCUAGAGGGGGUGGUGGAGGGAGAGGGCGUGGUGGCAGGUCGCGCCUCAAAGCCAUGGCCUCCUGCAUUGAUGCUUUCUUGCUAAGCAUGACCACAGACACUGGACUAAGUAAGGAGGAAGAAGAUGAGGAGGAUGACACCAUGCAGAACACAGUGGUUCUUUUCUCAAACACUGAUAAAUUUGUCCUGCUCCAGGAUAUGUGUGUUGUGUGUGGCAGUUUCGGAAAGGGUGCAGAGGGACAGUUGUUGGCCUGUGCUCAGUGUGCACAGUGUUACCAUCCUUACUGUGUGAACAGCAAAAUCACCAAGACGAUGCUCCGUAAGGGCUGGCGCUGUUUGGAAUGCAUUGUGUGCGAGGUGUGUGGAAAGGCUUCGGACCCCUCCCGUCUGCUGCUGUGUGAUGACUGUGAUGUCAGCUAUCACACCUACUGCUUGGACCCACCCCUGCACAAUGUUCCCAAGGGUGGCUGGAAGUGCAAAUGGUGUGUGUGCUGUGUGCAGUGUGGUUCCAACACGCCGGGUUUCCACUGUGAGUGGCAGAACAACUACACCCACUGUGGCCCCUGUGCCAGCCUCGUCACUUGUCCAGUAUGCAGAGAGAACUUCAUGGAGGAGGAGCUGCUGCUGCAGUGUCAGUACUGCGAUCGAUGGGUCCAUGCUGUCUGUGAGAGUCUGUACACAGAGGAUGAGGUGGAACAAGCAUCUGAUGAGGGCUUUGCAUGCACAUCCUGCACCCCAUAUGUUCCAAAACCCGUGGUAGUAGAGUCAGCCAUUAUGGCUUCAAUAAAGAUCAAAGAGCCAGCUCUCCUCCUCCCAUCUGCCCGCUGA